AUGAUCUCCACGAGUCGCACCUUCUUACUCACCACCUCUUUACUCUUGAUUCUUUCCCUUCUUUCGUAUCCAGUUCUUACUCUAAACCUUUCCAUUAUCAACAAGUCAACUGCCAAACAAUCAAGCACCGAUUUAACAUACUGCAGUUUCAAUGUCCAAGUAUUUGGUCAGAAAAAGAUGCAAAAUAAUCAAGUUGUUGAUGUUCUAUUGAAAAUUCUCUCACAAUGUGAUCUGACAUUGAUCAUGGAAAUUAGAGAUGCAUCUGGAGAAGCCAUUAAGGAAUUACUUCAACUAUUGAGUGAGAGCAAAAACAGUGCUGGUAGAAAAUUCCAAAUAUCUUUAAGUUUGAGAUUGGGAAGAACAAGUAGUAAGGAACAAUAUGGUAUGUUGUGA